AUGUCUUCCCCUGAGUUCUCAUACAGUGCCCUUUGCCAACAACGUAUGGCUCUUACCUGCCUCGCGGGAAAGCUUGCCAAUAAGACAAAAGAUACCGGAAGUGAAGAUUACUUCCCCAUUGCCGCUCACUCGCGUGUAUUCGAGGGCUUUGUUAAUCAGUUCAUUCGACCUAAAACAUCCGUCAUUCAUCAAAUUCCUCUCGAGGAGCGCAUCGACCUCAUCGAAGAGUACUAUCGCGAGGCAAACUGCUUCAAUCAGUACAACAAGCAAGGACAGCAGAAGUCUCUCAAGAGAAUGUUCUCUAUAUGGUUUGAGGACAUCAAGAGAUACAUUCCAGAGAUUUUCUUCUUGAUGCCCACACAAUCUAAAUAA